CGGGGCGCCUUUCCGUGCUGAAGCGGGGUCGGUGUGUCAGGCUGCCGGUUCUCGAUGUGCUGGUGGGCCUGGUGCUGCACCACGGCGACUACCUCGGCAGAUAGCUCUGGUAACUAUGAAAAGUGGCGGAAGGAAUUGAGCCAGAGUUACAGUAGCUCUGGUUUGGACUAUUCAGAAGACACCUUUGAGCCCUUCAGUGAGGAAGAAGCAGCCUGCUGGUGGUGAGAGAGUGAGUGGUCUGCUGUGUCAGAUACGUUGGAAAGCAUGUCACAGUUGGCAGGCCAAAAUCAUGCAGAUGAGCAGUCUGAAGUAGCGGAUUCUGCAGCUAUAGAAAGAGAUGUCAUGGGAAAAUGGGUUGAUCUAAAUAAUAAAGCAACUGGCAUUAAGCAAGACAAACAUGUCGUCAAAACUCCUGCUGAAAUUACUGAAUUAUUAGAUGGAGAACUGGAUGCUCUCCAGUCUUUUUGCACCAUUAAGAUAAGCAAGAUGCGUCAGCAGCUGGUCUCUAAGCAGGCAAAUGGUGGCAAGUCAAGAAAGCUGCAGCAUGGAUUCACAGCGAAGAAACCAGAGACAAGUGACUUGAACUGCGUUGUUCCUGACCAGCUAAUGAACAGAAUCCGCCUGAAAAAUAUCGGAGAGACUGUUAAACAGGUGACAGAAGCUCAAAUCCACGAAUCUUCAGUGUGCCCUGACUGUCAGAAGAAGAAAGCAGAGCUAGCCAAGACUACCUUUCUCAGACGAAAGAAGAUGCUAAUGGAAAGUGCUUUAAUCCAAGAGAAAUUGGAAGAACAGAUUUACUCCAGAGAUGUGCUUACACUUAUAGGAGAAGCACUCAGAAGCUUUCCCAAACCUUCAGAGGAUCCCAGGAACUUAUGGCAAAGGCUGAAACGUCAGAAAAUGUAAGGCCUGAAAGUAGUAAACGUAACUCAAGGACAUAAAGAACUGGGAGACUCUUCUGUGGGCAGUCAUGUACUGAAUGCCAACGAC